GCGACGUUGGAGUUUGGACCGCCCAUGUAGGACCGCCUUAGUUGAACCGCCUUUUACUCCACACUUGAUCAUGUUUCUCAUCGACGGAAACAAAGACUUGACUUGACCGGAUCGCACAGGUUGUGGAGCUCGUACAAGCGCCCAUUGAUGGGCCCUGGGUCUAGCCCGCCUUCGCGCAAGGAUCCCACUUCUGAUCUCUGGGUCCUCUUAAGGCAGAGGUAACCAUUAUAAAACGAAGCGGCGUCUCGCUAAUGCUAGUACAUCUCCUGCCUAUAACCACUUCAUGGAACUCUGCCUGCGACACAAUGACCCUACGCAAACCCUACUCAUGACCCAAGACGGCAUAGUCAUGUACCAGGUCAACACAGCAGUGGGACAAACUACUACGAUAAGCCGUUUCGAAAACCACGCUCAACUCUUGAGCACUGGGCGAGUAUCUUGUGUCGUUGGCGAAGUCGAUAGUAGCCGAUUGAGGUUGCUCGAUGGUGAGAGCCCGAUAGAAAUCGCGAUGGUUUCGGGUGUGGAAGAGACCGAAAAUUUCGAUAGACCUUGGAACUUUAAUGGCCCAGACGACAAGCCGUACACAUGGCAAAUUCUAUUCCGUUCUCCGGUGCUGUUUGUAUCCGGCACUGCACCCAUCCCUCUAGCACGAUAUAGACAAGCGAAAAUUGGUAUCAUAUCACGAUCAAGACGAGCUUUUCUCGAAAUAUUCCCCGCUGGAAUAAAUGUUAUCGAUUUCAUCGUCGUUACAUUUGUAUCUUAUGCGAAGCAUCAUUGGCUGGACGAGCCCCACCACGAGUCUAAUCCAUCAGCAAUUUGAUCCUAAAAGUGAGGCUGUUGAAGCUAGAUAGAGGAUUGAGUUGUGUUUCUCUGAGUGGGUUUUUGUAAAUUAUAUUGAGCUUGUGGGAUACUUGGAAUAGCAUUCUGGCCAACUCCGAGCACUUGCUUCCGAAAUCUGAGA